AUGAAUAUACAGGAAAGGGCUAUACAGCGUCCCGAUCUCCCUGACCAAGCCUACGAGAACCUGCUGGAUCAAAUCCCCGUUGAGAUUUUGGGCGACAUUUUCCUACAAUGUCUUCCACCCAUCACUAGUCGUCCUCGAAGAACGACCGCACCUCUUCUGCUCUGUCAGGUCUCUCGCCACUGGAGGCAGGUCGCCGUUUCGCUACCCUCACUCUGGUCGACUGUUGCUAUCGAGUGCUUUGGCUGGGGUCGCUGUCGUAUGAAAGCGGAGCUGUUACACGUGUGGUUGAAAAGAUCUGCGGAAGUGCCACUGGACAUCUCAGUUGAGGUCAAAAUUGGGGAAUUUGUACAUGAGAACCUUCCACAUCUAUCCGAGAUCAUGCGGGCCAUUGUCGCGCAGAUGCACCGUUGGAAAUUCCUGCGUCUUAUAAGAGUUCCAUCCAAUCUAUUGAUGGAUCUGCCCAGCACGGGCGCUCCUUUACUUCGGGAGGCCAUUGUUCAGAUUCAUUCGGGUUAUUCGGGCGCUCCUCAGGAUCUCGCACUCCUCUUCCAAAACUCGCCACUCCUUCACUCUCUGACGUGGCAGCUUGGACCAUACUCAGCUUUUCAACUCUUCCCAAUACUUCCUUGGUUCAAGCUCUCCUUUAUCCAUUUCGAGUGCCUUCUCUCUAUCGCCAAUUGUUACGAUAUCCUCAGCCGUUCUCCUAAUCUUCAAUCCUGUUACUUUGAAAGCGUGUCAGUAAACACGCCAGAUUUACGUCAAUUGUCAACUUCCCCCAUUAUCCUCGCCUUCCUUCACUCAUUCCGCAUUGAAGCAAGCGUCAACAUCCUCCCUCUCCUCCGCACCCUGACCUUCCCAGUACUGUCAUCCCUUGUGAUCGAAUCGACGGGACUGCAUUCCCGCGCUGCCGCCCACAUAACAUCUGAGAUCCCCAACCUUCUCCACCGCUCCAACUCACCGCCGCUCCAAACAUUUGUGCUAGAGAACUUUGGCGUCGAAGAGAAAGAGCUCAUUGAAUGCCUCAUCCUCUCUCCCAAAUUAGAGGCCCUCGUAGUGUGCGAUGAGUCGACGAGAAGGCCGAAUCUUACCGACAAAGUGAUUCGUGCACUCGCAGUGCGAAAGGAAUAUGAUGAUGACACCAUGCUCUGUCCCGAACUCAAGAUUCUCAAAUUGACGGGGCGCGUUCAGUCGACGGAUGGAGAAUUUGUGAACAUGAUUAGGCAGAGAUGGAAAGAAACGGCGGUGGUCAAUGGAGUUGCGUGUUUAAAGGAAGUUCAGGUGGAAUUUGGAUCUCAGGGACAAACACAUGAGCUUGACAUUAGUGGGUUGAAACAACUACGUUCAGAUGGCCUCCUUGCUCGGGCGUUUUUUGAUUGA